AGACCCUCCAUCUUUAUUUUUCUCAGCCGUGGAGGAGGAGGAGAACGGGCCUGUCUCGCGCGUCGUGAUCGCUUAGAAAGAAAGAGAGAAAGAAAGAAGAAGAAGAAGAAAAAAAAGCCCGUUAAAUCCGCUCCUACUAUAAAUAAAUGGUUUUGGAGCUGGCAGCGCCCGCAAGUGCAGGCCCGCUGCUGCAGCGCUCCAUCCCGCACAUCGAGCGUGUUUUCCGGGUCAGGGUGAGCUGCAGCGCCGCCGACACCCACCCACACACCCACCCACCCACACACACACACACACGCACACACACCGCGACCGGGACGCACACCGACACCGACACCGCGACCGCCACCGACACCGACACCGACCCCAGGAGCGAGCCGGAGCCCGGCGGCAGUGUGGUCGUGAUCAUCCGGAAUGGCACGGAGGAAGACUGCAGCAGGGCUAAAGACUACAUUGUGUCUCUGAUCUCUCCGGCACAGAGGCAUCAUGAGCGUUUGACCCUGUGGCUCCAGCGUCGUCUCCGCGAGCCCGAGAGCUCCGAGGCCCGAGAGCAUGCGCCCGAGCUGAUGGAGGACGAGGAAGGAGAGGAAGAAGGGAGUAGCUCGGAGAGCGAAGGAGAGAGACGGAGUGCAGGAAGAGGACACGGAGGAGGAGGAGGAGGAAAAGGAAGGAAAUCCGAGCUGAUGAUGGCGACUAAACCUCACCGCCAGCUGUGUCGCUCUCCGUGUCUGGACCGUCCGAGUUUCAGCCAGAGCAGCACGCUACAGGAACUGCGCGCUGAUGAUUCUCCGGCCACUCCCACUUCCUCAUCACUGGCACCGCCCACUCCCUCAGUGGGCCACGCCCCUUCAGAUCGGGACUACCAGAGCAAAAUGGAGUUUGCGCUGAAGCUAGGUUACUCCGGCGACCAAGUGGAGGCCGUGCUGAGCAAACUGGGACCGAGCGCGCUCACUAACGACGUCCUGGCCGAACUCGUGCGUCUCGGGAAUAAAGGAGAAAUCGAAGCACAAACGCAGACACAAACGUCCACCGGACUAAUGCCAGCCGGGUUAACGCUAACCCCUCGCGGCACUGGAGCGAAAGAGGCCGUGAGUCCGGAGGCGUCACUGGAGGAGGAAACAAACGACACGUACGAUAACCUCCGACCCAUCGUUAUAGACGGAUCCAACGUGGCCAUGAGCCAUGGAAACAAAGAGGUUUUCUCUUGCCUGGGCAUCCAGCUGGCUGUUGACUGGUUCCUGGAGCGAGGACACAAAGACAUCACAGUGUUUGUACCGGCGUGGAGGAAAGAGCAGUCCCGACCCGAUGCGCCUAUAACAGAUCAGGAAAUCCUGAGAAAGCUGGAGAAAGAGAAAAUCCUUGUCUUCACUCCUUCUCGUCGAGUCCAGGGACGACGUGUCGUCUGUUAUGACGAUCGGUUUAUUGUUAAAUUGGCGUGCGAUUCAGAUGGCAUCAUCGUGUCAAACGAUAACUAUCGAGAUCUGCAGAAUGAAAAGCCAGAGUGGAAAAAGUUCAUCGAGGAACGGCUUCUCAUGUACAGUUUUGUCAAUGAUAAGUUUAUGCCACCGGAUGACCCGCUAGGCCGACAUGGCCCAAGCCUGGAAAACUUUCUCCGCAAGCGACCUGUCGUCCCGGAGCACAAAAAGCAACCAUGUCCUUAUGGUAAGAAGUGCACAUAUGGUCACAAAUGCAAGUACUACCACCCGGAGAGAGCAGCGCAGCCUAUACGAUCUGUUGCAGACGAACUCCGAGCUUUCGCCAAGCUGUCUGCCGUCAAGACCAUGAGCGAAGGUGCUCUGGCAAAAUGCGGCAUUUCUGGUGCCACUGCAAAAGGGGACUGUUCUGAGGUGAAACGAGUGGCGCCGAAACGUCAGUCGGACCCGAGCAUUCGUUCAGUGGGCUGCGAGCAGGAGGAGCGACUCUGCCCGGCUCGGAAAGCCGAAGCUAGUUCGGUUCCAUCUUUAGUGACGGCUCUUAGCGUCCCGACCAUGCCACCGACAAAAAGUCACGCAGCCGGGGCAUUGAACACUCGUUCCGCUAGUAGCCCAGUACCAGGGUCACUUCAUUUCACACACAGCUCGCUAGAACACGCCGGAAGCAUCCAAUACCCUCCAAUUUUGGUCACCAACAGCCAGGGUGCAUCCGUGGCAUACAGUGAACCUUUUCCCAAAUACGAUUCCGUAGUUAGUGACCAUGGCUACUAUUCAAUGCUGAGCGAUUUCUCCACCAUGAGCUUAGGAAGCAUGCAAGACAGCUUCUGUAGCUUAGAACAGCCAGAUCCGGUCGGAGUCGGAGGAGGAUAUCCUGGUCGAGCUUCCAGCAUUUGUCCUGAAUCUGGACGCAGCCACUCUUCAGACUCAUUCUCCUCCUACGGUGGAGAGAUGUACUCCAUGGAAGGUAGCUUGGAUGACGGGAUGAAGGUUCCACCAUCUGCGCAAUCCCAAGUGCAAUCCCAAGCACAGUCCCGCUUGCAAGCAUUUGCUCAUGGGUUCCACCAUGAAGCUUUGACGAGAGUCCAAAGUUAUGGCACAGAUGAACCCAAACCAGGGCCACGCAAACAAUCCUCGGCCCACCUCGUGCCUCACGCGCAGCAUCCGGUGGUUGGAGCUCGAUCCAGUUGCCCAGGUGACUAUCCUCCACUUCCCCAGAACGUGUUGCCUUCGUCCGGCCCUACUCAGCCAGGCAGAUCCUUGGGAAUGACACGAAUGGACAGCAUUUCAGAUUCCCGUCUUUAUGAAAGUAACCCCCUCCGGCAGCGUCGGCCCCCUCUGUGUCGAGAGCAACAUGCCAGCUGGGAUCCUUUGCCGUGUGGGAGUGAGCCUUACGGGUACGGAGGUUACGGAUUGACGGGAGGACUCAUGCCUUGCUGUGAACGAGUGAUGGUUCGGAGUAUGCCAGAAAAGAUGGAACAGAUUUGGAGGUCACCGUGGGAUACGCCACCAGGACCUCACGGACCGGUGGAACCGCAAGAGCGACAUCCGAUCCCUGAACAUCAGUACCAGACUUACCGAAACCUCUGCAAUAUCUUCCCAGCAUACGUAGUCCACUCGGUAAUGGAAAAGAAUCCUCACAUGACGGAUCCUCAGCAGCUAGCAGCGGUUAUUGUAACGAAACUACGGUCCUGUCAUUGAGCAAGUGAAGGAGAAGCAGUACAACAUCUUACGCAUUUCCGUUUUUUUAAUUUCCUAACCGGAUCUACACAGCCAGUCACUUGAAAAAUAUAAUUCCUUAUCCCUCUAAUCUUCUUCUUUUUGUAAAAAAAAAAUCCUGGUGAUCUUUCCAUGUCCCAAAAUAACUCAUUUCUUUGCAUUAGCACCAUGAUACAAAUUAGCAAUGCUACAUCAUGUAGCAUGAUUGUGGGUUGAUCCAUGUUUGAUGACGGGCCUUGUACCAAGGUUAAAGAAAUCAUCCACUGGAGAAUGAAGGAAGUUUGUUGUUUGAUGAAGGUGUUUUAAGCAAUUGAAUACUUCAUAUUCAUGCCUUUUAGGUUUUCAUUUUUAGUAAAUGGCAAAAAAAAUGCACUUAUGAUACAAAGCGGAAAGCAAGACCCAAGUCUAGAUCAUAAAGACCAGCUGUUUUUUUUUUUUUUUUUGGUAAUUUAUAGUGCCGUAUUUUCCAGACAAUAUGUUAUAGUGAAAAAAAAAACGAUUAUACACACUGCUUUGUCGUGUUAAUAUAGCAGGGGCUUUUAUUUUGUUGGAUUAUACCGCCUUGCUGGAGUACCUAAACAUUACAGUUGUACAUUGUAUAAAACUGCUAGAGGGCAAAAAAGUGUCUCUGGAAAAUACGGUAAUGUUACUAAUUUCAGUCAUUUAUUUCAUAAGGAACAUGAAUUGUAGUACUUUUAUGUUAAACACAUUUAAUUUUAUCAUUAAAUUUAAUUUUCAGGAAAGAAAUCAUAAAAAAAAAAGACCUGUAAGGAAACACGGAUCAGAAACAAUUGUGAUAUGAGUACAAUUACGUAUUCACUUGCACCAGUGUAAAUAUUGUGACUGUACGAUUAUCUUAUGUUUUUUUUUUUUGCCUCGUGAAAAGGUGAAUACGUGAAAUUUCCGAAAGGAGCGUUAACUCUCGAGUACCUCAAAGCAUGAACUUUGACCUUUUUAAACUUUUAUGGCCUUACAUCGUGUGACCUCACCACAAGUGUGUUAACGUGAUAUAUAUAAAUAUAUAUAUUUUUCUGAUG